CACUGAGCCCUCGCUCAUUUCUCUGAAACCCUAAUCUCUCUCUCUCGAUUCUUCUACAACAGCCUGUGAAAAUGAGAGAGAUUCUUCACAUUCAAGGAGGCCAAUGCGGAAACCAGAUUGGAGCAAAGUUUUGGGAGGUUGUGUGUGCGGAACACGGCAUCGAUGUCACCGGAAAGUACACCGGUGACUCUGAACUUCAGCUGGAGAGGAUCAACGUCUACUACAACGAGGCCAGCGGCGGAAGGUUUGUUCCACGCGCCGUGCUGAUGGAUCUGGAGCCUGGAACGAUGGACAGUAUCAGAUCUGGCGCCUACGGUCAGAUCUUCAGGCCUGAUAACUUUGUGUUUGGUCAGUCUGGUGCUGGUAACAAUUGGGCGAAAGGACACUAUACUGAAGGCGCUGAGUUGAUUGAUUCUGUUCUGGAUGUUGUUAGGAAGGAGGCUGAGAACUGUGAUUGCUUACAGGGUUUUCAGGUGUGCCACUCUCUUGGUGGCGGCACAGGGUCUGGUAUGGGAACUCUUUUGAUCUCAAAGAUCAGAGAAGAGUAUCCUGAUAGAAUGAUGAUGACUUUCUCUGUGUUCCCUUCACCCAAGGUGUCUGAUACUGUUGUGGAGCCUUACAACGCCACAUUGUCGGUCCAUCAGCUUGUUGAGAAUGCUGAUGAAUGUAUGGUUCUUGAUAACGAGGCUUUGUACGAUAUUUGCUUUAGGACUCUCAAGCUCACAACCCCUAGCUUUGGUGAUCUUAACCAUUUGAUUUCUGCAACAAUGUCUGGAGUCACAUGCUGUCUAAGGUUUCCAGGACAGUUGAAUUCCGAUUUAAGGAAGCUUGCAGUCAAUCUUAUCCCAUUCCCGCGUCUCCACUUUUUCAUGGUUGGUUUUGCUCCUCUCACCUCACGUGGCUCCCAACAAUACCGUGCCCUAACCGUCCCUGAACUCACCCAACAAAUGUGGGAUGCCAAGAACAUGAUGUGUGCUGCUGACCCAAGACAUGGGCGUUACCUAACCGCAUCUGCCAUUUACCGUGGUAAGAUGAGCACCAAGGAAGUCGAUGAGCAGAUGCUCAAUGUCCAAAACAAAAACUCUUCAUACUUUGUGGAGUGGAUCCCAAACAAUGUGAAGUCGACUGUUUGUGACAUCCCACCUACCGGUUUGAAGAUGGCAUCGACUUUCAUUGGUAACUCGACCUCCAUCCAAGAAAUGUUCAGGCGUGUGAGCGAGCAGUUCACUGCUAUGUUCAGAAGGAAGGCUUUCUUGCAUUGGUACACAGGUGAGGGUAUGGACGAGAUGGAGUUCACUGAAGCUGAGAGCAACAUGAACGAUCUGGUGUCGGAGUAUCAGCAGUAUCAAGAUGCAACUGCAGAUGAGGAGGGUGAGUACGAGGAGGAAGAGGAGUAUGAUGAGGCUUGAUAAGUUGGUGCUUGUUCUAGUUAUGUUGUGUUUGUGGUUGUAAUCUCGACUACCGUAAUUCUCAGGAUUUCUUGUUUGGAUUCAUUGUUAUUUUAUAUUUCAAGUCUUGUGUAUUUGCAGUUUAGACCUCUUACGGAUCUUGAAACAGUAUAAUCUCUAAUUUCGUUAAAAAAAGUUUGUGA